CUCAUUCACUUAUAUAUUUCACAUAGUGUGAGGGCGCAUCUUACCAAAAAAGGCUCACUUCUCUUUUCGGUUUUACUAUAGCCCUUAUUGCUUGCUACCCUCACCUCUAGGUCCCUUUUAAAAUGACCGACCAAGACGAGCUGGCUGAACUGGCCCGUAUACUUAGAGGGAUAUCCGACCAACAACAGCACCAAGAAUGCGCUCGCAGAUAUAAGGAACUCGCCGACUCAAAGUGCGAUCGCUUAGUCUGCAAUAUCUGCACCCUUCUGACAUCCCCGGAAGAAGACCUACAAAUUUCUUCAGCCGUGAUGCUGAGGCAGGCCAUCAGCAAGGAUACUACCCAAUGGCACCAACUCGCGAAGGAGACUCAGAACAUCGCAAAGUCUACGUUGCUGGGCGUGCUGAAGGCCAGCCCCUCAGACACGUUGACGCGCCACGUCAGCUACACGAUCGUAGAGCUGGCGGUGGGCAUACUGGAAGAGGAUGGGUGGCCUGAGUUGUUGGACGAGUUGCACGUGUUAAGCAAGUCCCCCGAGAGACGACAAAGGUGUUCGGCGUUGAACAUCUUCGGCCAGCUCGUGUCGCAGUUGUACUCAUUCAUGCUUCCUCACCUAAAAAUUUUGCGCGAGAUUAUCACUGCUGGACUGAACGACAUCGAUUUCUCGGUGAGGCUGGCCGCUCUGAGCGCCACUUCCGGCUUUGUCAACACAUAUAGGAACAGCGUAUCCCGCCCGCUUCUCCAGCCGUUCGUCCCUUCCAUGCUAGACAUUUUGAACCAGUCGCUGCAGUCGCCGGACAAAUCGGACGCGACGCGCGCGUUGGACGUGUUCGUCAACUGGGCCGCCGACCCAUCUUUCUUCGAUCAGUGCAUGCCGCAGACGUUGGAGGUGUUCAGCAACAUUUGCGUCUAUGAGCAGGACUUGUCGCGGAGACGAUCGGCCGUCGAGUUUUUGGUGACUCUGGGGGAGAGACAGCCGAAAAGGAUGGCGGAGAACGCGGACUACGUCAGGAUCGUUGUCUGCAUUUUGCUUGAGAUGUUGACUGACGUAGACAAUGACACGAUUGAGGAGUGGAAUGCCGCGGGAGAGACGGACAGGUCCGAACUGUCGACGUCCAGCUGCGUCGAAGAGGCGAUAGACAGCUUCUGCAUAGCGAUAGGAGGAACGGCGAUUGUCCCCGAGGCCUUUCCGAAGAUCACCCAAAUGAUCAAUUGUAAGCCCGAUUGGAGGAGACGUUACGCCGGAUUGGUUGCGGUCGCGUUGAUGGCCGAAGGCUGCAAAGACACCAUCGAGAAUUUGCUCGAUUACGUCGUCUCUUCCUUCAUAUUGCCGACCAUAGACAGCGAGCACCCGCGCGUGCGAUGGGCCUGUCUGAACGCGAUCGGCCAGCUGGCCAUCGACUUCAGCCCGAAGUUUAUUGAAAAGUUCCACCAACUGCUCAUUCCGAAAGUCUGCGAAAUGUUCGACGACGCUCAGAAUCCCAGAAUACAGUGCUACACCGCCUACUGCUUGAUCAACUGCAUCGAGGACACCAGCGCCCAAGUGCUGCUGCCCUACGUCGACCUGAUUUUGAGCAAGUUGUACAUGCUGAUGAACACAAUGGCCAGCAAUCCAAGCAUGCUGGAGAGCGUCGUCACCUGCGUCGGCGCGCUCGCCGGCGCCAUCAAGGACUACUUUCUGCCCUACUACGACAACUUCGUCCCUCUGUUCAAAGGCAUCCUCGCGACGGACGACGCCAACGACCGCCUGCACGUUCUAAAGAACAAAAUCAUCGAGAGCAUAAGCUUGAUCGGAUCCGCCGUCGGAAAGGAAAAAUUUUUGCCAGACGUACAAGAAUACAUGGAAGCGCUUCGAUGCGCCGACAUCGGAGAACUCGGCCAAGAAGACUCGAUGCGCGACGCCCUCCUGAUGGCCGCCGCCCGAGUCUGCUCGUGCCUGGGAGACAGCUUCAUCCCCUUCCUGCCCAUGGUCAUGCCCGUGCUGUUGCAGACGGCCAACAUGCCGGACGCGACCUUCUUCGACAUCAAUUCCGCCGAUUCGCCGCAAAUCACCGGCCGGGGCGGCUGGCACUACAUCAUCAUCGGCAAUCGCGCCGUCGGCAUCCACAACUCGGCGCUGGAGGAGAAGACGGUCGCCGUCAGAAUGAUUUACUGCAUCGCCGACACGCUCAAAGGCGGAAUCAUCGAAUACAUCGAAGAAAUCGUCAAGGUCAUCAUUCCGCUGCUAACUUUCGCCUAUCACAAAGACAUUCGCACCACCGCGUCCUCGUCCGUCCCGUCCAUCCUGACCUGCAUCUACGACUACAACCAAAUCCACGCGGACCGCCCCUAUCCCAUGUCCGAAAACGUCAUCAGCUACUGUCUAGAACACCUCAUCGAGGCCAUCAAAACCGAAACCGAACUCGACGCUCUCGCCAUCCAAAUUCACUGCAUAUGCGACUGCAUAGAACUCCUGCCCCCCAACAGCAUUCACCCGUCUCUCGCCAAAAGCCUCGUCAAUUUGCUCCCCGCCAUACUCUGCACGCUCGAAGACGCCAGCGAAAGGCGCACCUCCAAAGAACAAACCGGUAACUACGACGACGAAGACUUGGAACAAUGGAACCUAGACAUCGAGCGAGAAGACGACUGCUGCAAAGAAAUGGCCGACCUAAUCGGCGUCCUCUGUCGCACUCAACCCCAGGUAAUCUCCCCCUACCUCAUACAGCAGUUCCAGUUCGUCUCCGGACUCCUUCAAAAAGAAAAACCCCGCUCCUACCACCAGCUCGGGCUCUGCAUCGUCGCCGACUCCGUGGAGCACCUGCGAGAAGCCGUCUGGCCCUACUACCAGGAAUUUUUGCCAUUUUUGUUCGCCUACGCCCACGACGAAGACCCGGCCAUCCAACAAGCCAUCGCGUACGGUCUGGGCGCCUUCAGUCAACAAGGGAAAGAGCACUUCGCGCCGUGGGUCGACCAAGCCCUAGAAAGCAUCGUCAGCCUAAUCGGCAGGCACAACUCUAGCACCGAAGACCAAGAAGUAACCGAAAACGCGGUAUGCGCCCUCGGAAAGCUGCUCUAUUACCAGCCCGGCUCUGUCAAGUACCACUCGGAAAUGCUUCCAUACUGGCUGUCUUGUCUGCCGCUAUGCGUCGACUAUCUGGAGUCUCCAGUGUGCCACGGAAUUCUGUGCUCCUUCAUCGAACAGGACAACCAAUAUCUAUGGGGAAACCAGUACCAACAUUUGCCUAAAAUUUUGUCUAUAUUUAGUUGGUGUCUGGGAAAAAAAAGUUUCGGCUUCACAAAUGAACCCCUGAAAAACCGCGUCUUGGCCAUCCUUCGAAAAAUGCAAGAGCAGGGACCAGAACUCCUUCGAACCGCGACCUCCUUAUUGAGCCCUGAUGACCAAAAUGUGCUUUCCAGCAGCAUGCUACUUGGCGGCCCAUAGACCUCGGCACUUGUAUCGUCAAAUCUGAUCCCCUUUUAUUCUCAACAAA